AUGUCAACGCCGUCUCCGGUUGUCGCUCUAGGUGGCAACGCUGUCAUCACUGCUAUCUUUGGCGGCGCGCUCGGGUACGCGUUUGGGCGAAGACGCGUCCUCACCAUCCUCGCCAACUUCUACGGUGCCAUCUUUGUCGUCUUCGGCACCAACGCCAUAGCCAGACCAGAGUCUGCUUUGUCUUUCUUCGAAUGGAAGUACCCAGCAGACCCGUACUCUCGCGAGCUCCUUGAUCGCGUCAUGGUCAUCUACGGUGCGCGCGACAUUUUCAUGGGUCUAGCUCUCUUCGCCGCCACACUCUUCGGGACCAGGAAGUCUCUGGGUGCGACCUUGAUUGCGGCGAGUGCGAUGCCAGCUGUGGAUGGGCUCAUGUGCAGGAUGAGCGAAGGGGGCGAAUGGGGGCACUGGGGGUAUGUACCGACAUUGGCCAUUGUUGGUGCCCUCCUGAUGCGAUGA